UAUUUGCAUCGAAUAUUCUCCAUCAACACACACGCACGUGAGGCAGAACCUGGCAGAGCACAAAGGCCGUCAUCCAAGUCGGCGAAAACAAACUUUGGGCGAUGCUACCGUCGCUACGUACUGUAUAUGACGAGGCGGUCAAAGUACUUACGAAGGGAACUUUGUUCGCAAUGGCAUGGACAUCGCGAACCCAUGUGCGUCGUGGCUUUCGAUUUCGGAAACACCAAGUUGUCCUAAAAAGUUGCGAAAAAAACGCGUUCCAUAACAUAAGCAAAACGCGUCUCGCUUGACUUUGGAAAUUGCAGUUGGCUUUGGCUUUGGGAGAGAUCGAGACGCAGGCCGUCCUCGCCAUAACCCCGGUCAACCUGUGGUCAUGCAGAUACGGUAUCUCAAAUCAAUCGUCCCACAAGGGGAAACAGCACAACGAAUCACGGCGUUGACAUGGUCACCGAACAACCAAAAGCUUGCUGUGGCAAGUGCCGACCGUGUCGUACAACUCUUUGAUGAGACCGGGGAACGAAAGGACCGCUUCUCGACGAAGCCAGGGGAUCCGAAGGCUGCCAGAUCAUACACGAUCGUCGGACUCGCGUUCUCUCCGGAUUCUACAAAGCUAGCCGUUGCCCAAUCCGAUAAUGCUGUGUUUGUCUACCGACUGGGUCUCGAGUGGGGAGAGAAGAAAUCUAUCGUAAACAAAUUCAUCCAGACCGCCGAGAUCACUUGCCUGGCAUGGCCGCGGGAGCAACCCAAUGCGUUAGUGUUUGGUAUGGCCGACGGAAAGGUUCGGAUAGGCAACCUGAAAACGAACAAAGCCGCUACGCUGUAUCAAACCGAGAGCUGCGUGGUUUCACUUUCCGCCAGCCAUGAUGGAAACGCCAUCAUUUCCGGACAUCUCGACGGAUCUAUGAACAGGUUCUUCUUUGACGAUGGAUUGUCCGGAGCUUCACAGGGGAAGUUUACUGCUCAUCGAACAACACCCGUUGCACUGGCCUGGGGCGAGAGCGUCGUUGCUGCUGGAGGCGAUAAAGUGGUGGUCUUCUACGACUCGGAAGGUCGAGUGAUGCAGGAAUUCGACUACAGCAGAGAUGACGACGUACAGGAUUUCACCGGAGCGGAGUUCAGCCCAAGCGGACAGAGCGUCGUAAUCGGGAGCUUCAACCGAUUCUACGUGUACAACUUCUCCACCGCUAACCAACAAUGGGAGGAAGCUCCCGUGAAGGUCAUCGAGAACUUCUAUACAGUGUCAGCACUGUCGUGGAAACCCGAUGGCUCUCGUCUCGUUGCCGGAAACAUGUGCGGCGCGGUGGAGCUCUUCGAUUGCUGUCUUCGACGAUCGCGAUACAAGGGAAAGUUCGAGUUCACAUAUGUUUCCCCGUCGCAAGUGAUCGUUAAGCGACUUUCGACCGGCUCCCGCAUUGUGUUGAAGUCGCACUAUGGGUAUGAGAUACAGAAAGUCAACAUCUUCCGAGACCAGUAUUUGAUCGCGAACACGCCGGAUACGCUCUUGAUGGGGGAUCUGUCGACUUGCAAGUUGAGUGAGAUUCCAUGGCAAGGGACGGGCCAGGAGAAAUUCUACUUUGAGAACCCGUUUGUGUGCAUGGUCUUCAACGCCGGAGAGCUUUCGCUUGUCGAAUACGGCGUGAACGAACUUCUUGGAUCGUGUCGAACCGAGCACACCAGCCCACAUCUAAUCAGCGUCCGCGUGAACGAGCGCAAAAACGACGAGGACGUCAAAAGGGUAGCCUAUCUGGUGGACUUACAGAGCAUCAAUAUCCUUGAUCUGAACACGUCUACCACUGUGGCGGCCAUCAGUCACGACAGCCGCAUCGAUUGGCUUGAAUUAUCGGGACAGGCCAACAAGCUGCUCUUCAGGGACAAGAACCGGCAGUUGCAUAUGUACGAUAUCGCGACGCAGACUCGUACCACCCUGCUCAAUUUCUGUAGCUACGUGCAAUGGGUUCCCAACAGUGAUGUAGUGGUCGCACAGAACCGCGGAAACCUAUGCAUCUGGUACUCCAUCGAUUCGCCAGAGCGUGUCACUAUGUUCCCUAUCAAAGGGGAAGUUGAGGACAUUGAGCGCAGCGAUGGGAAGACGGAGGUCAUAGUGGAUGAGGGCGUGAAUACCGUUUCCUACACGUUGGACGAGGGUCUGAUCGAGUUCGGCACCGCCAUAGACGACAAAGACUAUGACCGUGCUGUGGCUCUGCUGGAAACGCUUGAGAUCACCCCAGAGACGGAAGCGAUGUGGAAGAGCUUGAGCCAGAUGGCUCUGAAGGAUCAAAACCUGAUCAUCGCGGAAAGGUGUUACGCCGCUCUGGGGGAUGUGGCGCGGACUCGCUACCUCCAUGAAGUGAACGAACAAGCCGCGGCAGUGGCCGCCGAAAAUCACCUUGAGGCCACGGAGCACUACUCUGUACGAGCGAAACUGGCGAUUUUGGAUAAGCAGUUCAAGGUAGCUGAGUCUAUCUACUUGGACCAGGGAAAAGUAGAAGAAGCCAUGAGUAUGUAUCAAGAGCUCCAUAAAUGGAACCUAUCAAUCAAAGUGGCGGAAUCGAAGAAUCAUCCGGAUCUAGAUACCCUAAAAGCCAAAUAUUUCCAAUGGCUGAACGACUCGGGACAAGAGGACAAAGCUGGUGCCAUGAGGGAGGAAGAAGGGGACUUUGUGUCCGCUGUGAACUUAUACAUGAAGGGAGGACAGCCCGCACGUGCGGCAAAGGCGCUUCUUGCACACAGAUUGACGGAUAGGACGGAGCUGAUGGAGCGUGUGGCCGCCGCCUUGUACAAGCAAGGACUGUACGAGAAGGCCGGCGAACUAUUCGAGAAGAUGAGCAGCCCGGAUCGCGCAUUGGAGGCCUACCGUCGCGGCAAAGCUUUCCGGGCGGCGGUAGAGCUGGCCAGACAAACCUUCCCGCAGGAGGUCAUCAAGUUGGAGGAGCAGUGGGGAGAUCAGCUGGUCUCCCAGAAGCAGAUGGACGGGGCCAUCAACCACUACAUCGAAGCCGGACGGUCGUUCAAAGCGAUCGAAGCUGCCAUCGGGGCAAAGCAGUGGAAGAAAGCCGUGGGCAUCGUCGAUUCCCUUCAGCCGCCCGAGGCCGGGAAGGUGUACUACCAGCGACUGGCCGCCCAUUUCUCCGAAGUUGGGGAGUAUAACCAGGCGGAGAAGUACUUUGUUAUGGCUGGUCAGCCGCAGGAUGCGGUGGAGAUGUAUACAAAGGUGGGCAAGUGGGAUGCAGCGCAUACGCUUGCUACUACGUACAUGGCGCCGGAUGAGGUGGCGGUGCUGUACAUCUCGCAAGCGAAAGACAUGGAGGCCCAAGGUAAACUGAAAGACGCCGAAAAGCUGUACCUGACCGUUCAAGAGCCAGAUCUGGCCAUCAACAUGUACAAAAACCACAAACAAUACGACAACAUGAUCCGAUUGGUCACCGCUUUCCACAAAGACUUGCUUGCGGAAACGCACGUGUACCUGGGCAAGUCGCUCGAAUCCGACGGGAAUUUCAAGCAGGCUGAGCAUCACUACAUCGAGGGAGCGGACUGGAAGUCGGCGAUCAAUAUGUACUGUGCGAACAAUAUGUACGAGGACGCUUAUAGGAUUGCGAAAUCCUACGGAGGUCCCAAUUCAUACAAACAAGUAGCGUACUUGUGGGCCAGAUCGUUAGGCGGGGAAUCAGCAGUGAAGUUGCUCAGCAAGUUUAAUUUGCUGGACUCAGCCAUCGACUUUGCGACCGAGAAUGGCGCGUUUGAUUUCGCGUUUGAACUGAGCCGGUACGGCGAGGACAAGGCCAAAGUGGCGGAUGUGCAUUACAAACAAGCCAUGUACCUCGAGGACGAAGGCAAGUUCAAAGAAGCCGAGCAGGCCUUUGUGCUGGCGGGGAAGCCGAAGGAGGCCAUCCUUAUGUACAUCCAUAACGAGGACUGGGAUGCCGCCACCGCCGUUGCCGAGGCGCACGAUCCGGGGAGUCUAAGUGAUGUCCUGAUUGGACAAGCCCGAGUCGCUUUUGAACGGAAGGAUUACACCAAGGGAGAGUCCAUGCUGUUACGAGCGCAAAGACCGGAGUUGGCGAUCAAGUACUACAAAGAAGGAAACAUGUGGAAGGAGGCCAUGCGGUUCGCGACGGAGUACUUGCCAAACAAGAUGUCGGAGUUGAACGUAGAAUACGAUCGCUUCACGUCGGGGCAAGGGGACAAAGGUCGAGAAGACAUCGUCUCCACAGCUAAGCUUCUUGAACAGCAACAAGAAUAUGGCCGUGCAAUCGACAUGUAUUUGAAGAUCACGCCCAACCAGGCGACGGACGCAAGCCAGUUGCAACAAGUUUGGGAAAAGGCCGUUGAACUAGCCAUGAAGUUUGUCCCUGACCGCGGACCCGAGGUUGUCGAAACCGUCUGCUCACGCUUGAUGGAGGUCAACAGCUUCGAAGCCGCCGCCGACUUGUUUGCCGGCAUGGAGAUGUACAAAGACGCUAUCGAUGCGUACAUUCUCGGUGCUGCAUGGGACAAGGCAAAGCAGAUGCUAGCAUAUGCUCCCAAGUAUACCGAGUACGUCGAGAGUGCUUACGUGACGCACCUGAAGAGCACGGGAGACGCCGAAGAUCUCGUGAAUGUCGAUGUAGUUGCAGGGCUCGACCUGUUUGCCCAGCGCGGGCAAUGGGACCAAUGCUUGCAAAAGGCUUCGUCGCAAGGAUCCGCGGUACUUAACAAGUACCUGAUGUCGUUUUCUAUCAGCAUGCUGCGUGAAGGCAAAUUUGACCAGGCUGUUACCAAGUUGACUGAGUAUGGGGUGCCGCCGGUCCCGGACAACUUCGACUUAUACAUGCGCUUGGCGCGGGAGACGUUGGGGAAAGGAUCAAUAGAGGAAAUCUCGGCGUUGCGUGAGAUGUUGUUUAAGUUGGUGCACGGGCAGAACCAUGUGCCACAACCCGGAGUUCCUGCCGAAUUCGACAGGCUUUUAUUCGUAGCACAUCUGGUAACGCUCAAGAAUUACUGCAAGCGCAAGAAGGAUCUAUCAUACUUUGCUGCCAAGCAAGCGAUUGCAACGUUGCGAUACACGAAGGAGCUACGACCAGACCAAAUGUUUUACGAGGCUGGUGAAGCUGCCAAGGCCGCGAAUAUGAACAACAUGGCAUUCGUUUGCUGGAAUAGAUACCUUGACUUGAGCGAAGCUAUCGAAGACCAAGAUGUCUCUUUAUUGGACAAUACGGACUUUGAGAACACCGACAUCCCAUUUGACAUCAGCCUUCCAACCGAGAACCUUUCCGACGCCAAACGUGAGGAAGUCCGUGACUGGGUUCUGCAAAUGUCGCUCGACCAGAAGGUCAAUCAGGAGAUGGAUCGAAGAGACUGUGAUACCUGCGGCACGAAGAUCUACGAUGCCAGCUUAAACUGCUACAGCUGUCAUACAACCUGGGAGCCAUGUGUCGUCACUGGAUAUCCCGUCCUGAGGAGCAAGCUGAAAUGCAGCAGCUGCACACGCCCCGCAAACAAAGAAGAUUGGAACAAGUUCGUCAUGGCUGAAAGGAUGUGCCCGUGGUGCGGAACAAGUCAAAGUCCACAAUACUUUGCGCACUGAAAAGGGACACAUAAUCCUCCAACUUGUUCUUCUGCCCUAUGAAUGUAUAGAGCGGAGGGCUUGAACUUGAAUACCGGUGCAAUCCGAUGGCGUAGAGAAUUCGAACCAGGGCUGGCUGCUGCUCUUGAUCCCGUGCGCAUGCACACCGCAUGCUGCACUCCAAAGUCAUGGGUUAUCUAACGCAGUCACUGCCGCUCCGUCGCUACAUCAUUGGCAUGUUCUGUACAGCAACGACUUCAAUGUGGAAGAAAAUCAAUGU